AUGGAAGUAGCAGGACUUCCGUGUACGGAUCAGUCUGCAGCUGGAAACCGCUUGUAUCAAGAAGGGCCAACCGCAAAGGUGUUCUUAGCCCAUGCGAAGCGGCACAUCGAAAAGGAGACACCCCUUUUGAUUUUGGAGAAUGUUCAGGAGCUACAUAUGGGUAUCAUCCACAAACUCUAUGGGCUUUGGUACAACAUCUUUCCCAUCUAUGUGGAUCCAAGAGAUGUGGGCCACUCUGGAGCUUCCAGAGCCCGAGUCUACAUCAUCAUGGCCCACAAGCAGAAGGUUGCCCAGCGUUUUGACUGUCGAAAGAUGUAUGCAAGAAUCUCUGCAGCGAUGAAGGCUCUUGUGGCCACCACCCCGAAAGACUACUUUGUUGCAGACAAGAUUGACAUUCAGCUGGAGGCAGCGAGAGUGGCAAGAGUUCGCAAGAGACAUUUGAAGCCGAAGGCCGUUGAAUUGGACUACUUGCUCAACCAUCGGGAGCAGAAGGCAGUGGAGGAUGCGAAGCAGAUCUACUGGAAGAAAUUCCACAGGGACCCUAUGAAGGACGAGAACCUCGUGGUGUUUUUGGGCGAUAAUCCAAAGAGAUACCUUUGCUGGAGCGGAGCAAGCGGGCGCUUACCUACACUUCGAAUGAACAGUGGCAAGAUGUACAUCGUCAAAGCCAAGCGGUGGCUUUGUGGCAGGGAGAAGCUGAGCACCCUUGGAUUUCCAGUCUCUGGAGACACGGCGCUCAGUAUGGGAGUGCCCCGCCUCCCAGUUUCCGACCCCGCAAGGGCAAGCCAGAUUUCCGGAAAUUGCAUGCAUUUUUCAUGUAUCCUGGUCAUUCAAUUGAUCAGUCUCUGUUGUUUCACCAGGACAGAUUCGGACUAG